GCCAACAUGGCCGCGAAGUCGGAUGGAGCGGCGGCCGCGGCCGGCCCGGGGCCGGAGGGGGCGGCCGGAGGAGCCCGGAGUGGUGCGGGCGGGCGCGGGGAGGCGGCGGCAGUGGCGGCCGGGAGCCCUGUAGUGACCGGGGCGGGGGGCUCGGGGCCGCGCUACGAGCUGCGGGACUGCUGCUGGGUGCUGUGCGCGCUGCUCGUGUUCUUCUCCGACGGCGCCACGGACCUGUGGCUGGCGGCCUCCUACUACCUGCAGGGUCAGCGCACCUACUUCGGCCUCACGUUGUUAUUCGUGCUCCUGCCCUCGCUGGUUGUGCAGCUGCUCAGCUUCCGCUGGUUCGUCUACGAUUACUCGGAACCCACGGGCGCCCCGGGACCCGCCGUCAGCACCAAGGACAGCGGGGCCGGCGGGCCCUCCAUCAGCACCAAGGACAGCGCCGCCGCCUUCCGGACCAAAGAAGGCAGCCCCCAGCUGGGUCCUGGGCCCGCGCCCUCCUCGGCCAGCGCCUACCGCCGCCGCUGCUGCCGCCUCUGCGUCUGGCUGCUGCAGACCCUCGUCCACCUCCUGCAGCUCGGCCAGGUCUGGAGGUACCUGCGCGCUAUGUACCUGGGGCUGCAGAGCCGCUGGCGCGGGGAGCGGCUGCGGCGCCACUUCUACUGGCGGAUGCUGUUCGAGAGCGCAGACGUGAGCAUGCUACGCCUGCUGGAGACCUUCCUGCGCAGCGCGCCGCAGCUCGUGCUGCAGCUCAGCCUCCUGGUGCACCGCGGCGGCGAGCCGGACCUGCUGCCCGCCCUGUCCACCUCUGCCUCACUCGUGUCCCUGGCCUGGACGCUGGCCUCCUACCAGAAGGUGCUGCGGGACUCCCGGGAUGACAAGCGGCCGCUCUCCUACAAGGGCGCUGUGGCCCAGGUGCUGUGGCACCUGUUCACCAUCGCAGCCCGCAGCCUGGCCUUCGCACUCUUCGCCAGCGUCUACAAGCUCUACUUCGGCAUCUUCAUCGUGGCCCACUGGUGCGUCAUGACCUUCUGGGUCAUCCAGGGCGAGACGGACUUCUGCAUGUCCAAGUGGGAAGAGAUCAUCUACAACAUGGUGGUGGGCAUCAUCUACAUCUUCUGCUGGUUCAAUGUCAAGGAGGGCCGCAGCCGCCGCCGCAUGACCCUCUACUAUUGCAUUGUGCUGCUGGAGAAUGCCGCACUCACGGGCUUCUGGUACUCCAGCCGCAACUUCUCCACUGACUUCCACUCGCUCAUCCUAGUCUGCGUGGUGGCCUCCAGCUUCGCACUGGGCAUCUUCUUCAUGUGUGUGUACUACUGCCUCCUGCACCCCAAUGGGCCCAUGCUGGGUCCCCAGAUGCCUGGCUGCAUCUGCCCGGAGACCCCAGGACCCUGUGGCCCCCCACCUGACGCUGUCACAAGUCCCCCAAGGUCCCUGCCGAGGACUACAGGUGCCGAGAGGGAUGGGGUCUCCGUGGGGGGCGAGCGUGCGGGAACCCCCACGCCACCUGUCUUCCAGGUGCGGCCUGGCUUGCCUCCCACCCCAGUGGCUCGUCCUUUGCGGACAGAAGGGCCUGUCAUUCGGAUUGACCUGCCCCGGAAGAAGUACCCUGCCUGGGAUGCUCAUUUUAUUGACCGCCGGCUCCGGAAGACCAUUCUGGCACUGGAGUACUCCUCUCCUGCCACGCCUCGGUUACAGUACCGGAGCGUGGGGACCUCCCAGGAGCUGCUGGAGUAUGAGACCACGGUGUAGGCCACAGUGUCCUCUACCAAGAGGGACAGGCUUGGCUGACCCCACAUCAACCACAGUGUUGAGCCCGGAAUGUCGGGGCCACCCAGCUAAAGGGGUGCAGAUCCAUUGGUCCAAGGGUAGAGUGGCCCACCCCUGGGUACUUUCAGGGGAGGGGACAGCCUUGUGGAGGCCUCAGCCCUAGGCCCUGUUUUCAGCCCUGUGGCCCAUUUCCUAAACUCCCCUGAUCUAGGGCCCAGGGCACCAACUGGUGCUACAGUCCUCAAUAGCUGCCCCACUUUCAUGAAGGCCUCCAUACCACAUCUGGUGCCAGGGACACCCCACACUCUCCCCUGCCUGGAGUCACCCACAUGUCGCUCCCAGUGGACCUGCCAGAGACAGGGAACUGCCUGGGGCCCAUGACCUAGACGCUGUGCUCCUCAGGGGGCGUGGGGGGUGGGCUGCUUUUCUGGGGAGAGGAGAUCUCUGAGAAGGAUGGAGGAGGCCGUGGAAGAUGUAAGGGAGGUGGGGGCAUCUGGUGGACCAGGUUGGUACAGUUCCUGCGAGCUCCGAGGGCCGGAUCCUGGGCAGGAAGGGAAUGAAAGGUGGGAGUUGGGGCGGGUGGGGAGUUGGGGUGGGAGCGGACAGUGCUGUAGCUGGAGAGGAGGAAGAACCCUGAGGCAACUGAGGGGUCAAGGCCAACAGAGGCACAAAGGGAUUAGCAGGUCUGGGGGAGGGGUACCCUCAAUCCACCGCACAGAGAAUGUUCCCAAAGUGAACUCCUCAGGAGACACCCUUUGUUGUGGGCUCUAAUAUGAAUGAGGUUCCGGACACCUCAGGUGAAAUGUUUCCAGGAGCCAUCCUUUGUUCUAGAUGAGAAUCUAGAACAUUCCUUCUAGAUAAAGGUCUUGAAUACAACAGAUAAAAUGUCUAGGAAGCCACUCUGGGCUCAAUUAUACAUGAGGUUCUAGCACAUUUGACAGAGAAACUGUUCCAGAGAGACAUUCUUAACUUUGGAUUAAGUUUUGGAACACUUGGCUGGUAAAAUGUCCUAGGGAGUCCCUCUGAUCUGGAUUCUGUGAUGAAGGUGAAGGCCCUGGAGCCCCACUAUUCUGUUCUGGGAGGUUCUAGCUCCUGCCAUGGGGGUGGGGAAGGGGGCUUUAGAGCCCCAUGUAAGUGGAGUGGUCUAGAAAUGGGUACUCCAGUUCUAGAUUUCUCAGAUAUGCCCCAUCCACCUUGGUCCACAGCUAUCAUCCCCAGAGGAAAUUGUCAUCCUAACCCUUGAGACAUUUCAACUGCCAACUAGUUUCCAGCUGAAAAAAAUUAACUCUGGGGACAUGACAUACAUCUUGGCUCUCAGCCACUGUGCAGAUGCAGCUCUCUGGGAUAGCAGCUGGAAAACUGGCUUGUUUCGCCUCCGAUCCGACAAAUCCCUAGGACCAGUAGUCUAUUCCCGAACAUCGUGGAGUGCCCAUGGGACCACUUACCCAUGGCCCCUCCUAUCUGGGACAGUGAGUCCUGGGUCUGGCGGCGGUGGGGAGGUUAGGAGGAGAGAAGCAGUUGCCUCUGUGGGGUGAGGGGACAGAGCCUGUAAAGAGAACUUGGAACCACCCACCAUGUCCCUAUUACCCCACUCAUGCCAACCAAGUUGCAUUCACUACAAGGACACAGCGGGUAGUAUUAAGGACUGCUGCAGACCUCUGCUGGGGGUGAGGAGCCCCAUGAGAAUCCUAGACUAUGCAAAUUAGAGAGGCACUUUGCCCUUUCUGGUUCAGCCUCCCUUGGGUGACAGAUAGGAACACUGAGGCCCAGCGUGGCUGCUAGUCUCAUGGGUCCCAGAAUCCUGUUGUCCCAUCAGAUAGUAAUGGGUGAUAGUGAAUUAAUUGAGAAUACAAGGUGCCGGGCGACCCAAUAGGCAGAGAGGCCAAGACUGCCCACAUACACACACACACAUACACACAAGGACACAUCACACCCGUGACACAAGUAACCUCACCCCCUGCCACACAGGCGACUGCAUAGACAUUCAUGUGGGCCCCGAUGGUGCGUGUGUCCCUUCCGCCAACACACAAAGAAUGCUUUUAUUGCUUUCUUCCUUCUACUUCCCCAAUCCCUAAGAAGCCUCAGAAACCAGGCCUAAGGGAAUGGGUGGCGGAGAAGGUCCGGGGUGACCUAGACUUCCUCUGGUGAGUUCACCCAGCCACUUUGUCUUCUGUUCAAGUCUGUCUCCAGAGACUGAAUUCCAUGGCCCGUUAGGCGUUAAAGCCCUUCGAGAUGUGACAACAGUGGGGAAGUGGACUGAGGUCUGGCUGACAGCUUCUCCCCUAAACUCGGUCCUGCUUGUGACAGCUCUACAAGAGAGCUCUGAGCAAUCCGGCUAACAGAGGAGGAAACAGGCUCAGAGAAGUGACAUGAGGGUCAGCCUGGGCAAAUUUUACUCCCCAGCAUCCUCAAAUGGCCCAUCUGGCUGCACCAUUAGCCAGCAUCCUAGAAGGAAAAGUUAGAAAUACCCUCUCUGGGAGUUGGGAGUCCUCACAGCUCCAGAAGGCACCAGAGAACCAGGAUAUAGGAAUGAGCCAGCAGUGCUAAAAUGUGGUACAAGGUUCUCAGAGGAACCAGGGCCACAUUUUUGACCUCCCUCCAUCCCCACCUUCUGUAUUUCUCUCCCACAAAACCCACCUUCAGGGCCUCUGUCCCUUCUGGGGACAACCGAGCCCUAGAAAUGGCCACAGUCAAGGGCCCUCAGAGAGGCCACAGACACCUUCUCCUGCUUUUCACUCCCAGGAAAGAGCUUAGCCUCCAAGGACCACCACCCUCCCACCACCCCUAUAUGGCCAGGAGCGUCAGGACUCCAUCCGUUCCUGUCCUUUUAGUCUGCUGGCCUGUCCCCCAUUUCAUCUGGUCCCUGUCAAUCCUUUUGUUUCACUGGGCUAGAGGAGUCAGAGUGGAGAAGGGGCACCAUCUCAUUCAUGGUUCUUUUUUUUUUUUUUUUUUUUCCUGUGACACAAUCUACCUCAGCCAAUCCCUCUCCUCCCUACCAGAAUUGGACCCCUUGGGUCCCUGCCUCCUGCUCUCCCAUUCUCUGUCCUGCACCCCAGCCUGGCUACUUAAUCCUUCCCAGAAUACCUACAGAGUCCUUGCAGUGAGAGAAUAUUCCAGACCCUUGAGGUCCCCUAAGCUACCUACCCUCCCCAUCUAUUAUAGAGGAGAAACGGAGGCCCAGAGAGAGCCAGGGACUUGGCCAAGAUCACAAAGAAAGUCAGUGGGAGAGUUACGCUGAGCAGUAGUUAGGUCCGUUUUAAUUUUGCCAGGAAGAAAACAGGACACUGAGUACAAAUUUGCCCUCGCUGUCUCUACCCGCAGGGGACAUUUCCCCCAUUUUCAGGGUGGACUUCUGUCUCCCAGUUUUCUUGAACUGAUCCCCCAGCUUGUUGACUGUGCUCCCCAAACCUCUCCAGGCACCACACACCCCUCAUCACACCUCCAUGCACUGAUAAACCAUGUGCCUUGUAACUGUCACCCCGACUGGACAGCACAGACCUCCACCCCUCCCAGCAGGGGCUCCCCAACAAGGAAGGCUUUCUUGGUCCCCUCCUCUCAUCUGUCCCAUCCUGGUGACUCCCCCCAAAUCUGCCUUACCCCCAGCCAUCUCCCUGCCCCUCUGAGUCCCACAGAGGUGUGUCACCAUAAGAGUCAGGGAAAGCAGAGGCCAGAGAGGGCGAGACCUGGUGAGGGCCAACGGGCUGGAAGUACUAGGGAAGAUUUUACCUUGCAGCCCAAGGCCCUUCUCAGGGCUAAAGUCCCUCAGGGCCUGGAAUUCACUUGGGCUUGGAGUUCACAGAAACCUUAGGUAGUGAGGAGGUUUUCCUAGACAGGGGUGUAUGGGUUUCAAGUUCAAAUGCCUUCAGGUAAUGAAAAUGAAGGAAGAACAAGCGAUAUGCCAUAGGGUGAGGACUCUGGAAAACAGGGCAGUGCCUGCCCGUACCGAUAGGACCUAAAACUGACAUUUUUGAAGAACGCUGUGCUGGCCAAACUAAUCUCAGAUUUGGCCCACGGGCCACCAGUUUGAAAUCUCUGGUUCAAAAUAUUGAGAAGUUUCUAGGAAACCGCGCAGAGUCUGAUACCCCCUCUGGGGAACUCAAGGACAGAGACCCUGGCUCCCUCUGAGAAUUUUUAAAUUCCCCACCAACUGACCCCCUGAGAGCUGUCCGUCCUUUCCCCUUCCCCUGAGAAGUGGAAAGGGGAGGCAAAGCCCUUGUGGAAAGCCCUGGGCCUUCACAGGGUCCCUGCCUGGGGAAACAUCAUCUGAUAAGGCCUAGAGGCCCCUCCAUGCAUGAAGGGAGCAAUUUAGAAGCCGGGGUCUUCUCCAGAGUUGUGGCCCCCAGUCAGGAGGAACCUGCGGUGUGUGAAGGAGGAGUCCAGGGAGGGGAUAAGGAAAGAUGCCCCCAUCACAUGCUGGCCCCUGUCACCCUUUGGCACUUGUCUCCCUCCCACAUAAGCUGGAGGUAGGGCCUGCAGGAGGAGGAACCACAAAUUUCCAUAUUGGUAUGCUUUUGAGGUCUCAUUGAAAGGGACUGGAUGAGUACCAAGCCACCAGGGCAGCAGCGGGCAUGGUGACUGAGCCCCUUCUCCCUAACAAGACCCUGGGCCUGGGGUGGGGCCAAGGGACUAUAACAUGCCAUUCUGGGUGGGGAGGGGCUAGGACAUUCCUGGGUCAAGGGGAAGAAGAGCAGGAAAUAGUUGAAGUGGGAAAGGAACACCCCUUUCAGGAAUGGCCUGGUUCCUGGAGGCAGAAAACUCCCCAGUGGGGGGAAGGCUGGUCCUCUAACGCCUGGCCCCAUCCACCCUUCCCUCAUCAUAGCAAGGUAGGCGCUGCCCUCUCCCCAGCAAUCCUGGCCUUUUUUCUAUGCACAAUCAUUGUUAAGGGCACCCGCAGGCCAGGCAGAAGCAGGGGAGGCCCUUGGAGCGUAGCCUGAGA